AUGGGUGACAAUAAACUCGAAUUGACCAUCAUUCGGGCAAGCGGUCUGCCAGACGUGCAGAUAUGGAAAAUUGGAAGUAUUCAGGACCCGUAUGCGACUAUUAAAUACAACGAUAUCGACCUUCGCACCAAGACCGACACCAACGGCGGCACAAGCCCCAAGUGGAACGAGACAUUCUCCUUAGUAGUCGGUGAAAGCCCAGUCAUCACACUCACCGUGCUGCACGAGAGGGUUCUAUCCAAUGGCGAGCUCAUUGGCACUGGCAAGGUAGACUUUUCAAGGGCACGGGAGUUGGGCAAGGCAACAGAGUCUGUGCUGCUGGAGACGCCAGAUGGGAAGCAGCAAGGUGUCCUCGAGGUCAAGCUAAAGUUUCCAGCAGUAUGGGAGCGGCUUAAUAUGACCCAAAAGAUGGCGGCCAGCAAGAUAACAGAAGCCAAGACUGAGUACGAGCAAAAGCUCGCUGAUGCACUCAGAAUGCGGCAGAAGAAAGCGGCUCAAAUCUUUGAGCUCCACGAGAAUGUGAUCGAGGGCUCGAUAGCCAGCUUGCAAAACCCCGAGCCGUUGGAGGAGAUGCAAGUGUUUCUAGACAAGGCGACGACGGCGUACCUUGCGAGUACGGACAAGCCCGCGCGGAAAGUGAAAGCGGAGUUGGAUUUCCACGAGGACGAGUUCCUGGCGCAGCUGAGGAAAGAGAUUGACAAGAGCGAGGAUUUCGAAAAGGAGAUUGAGAGGUAUGUGACGGAAAUUGCGGAGCAGGUUCUGAAGAGGAGGAAGAGUCUUUCAGCAGCAUACCAGAAGUUUCUUGGUACGGUUAAGAAGGCUGAGGAGGAGUUGCUCGAGAGUAUGAAGACAGCUCAGAAUGAGUUUGAGGUGGGUGUUGAAGCUGCAGCUGGGGAGUACAAGAAGGAUGCAAAGACACAUAUCGUUUGGGAGCAGGAGGCCAAGGCAAAGAAAGAUGUAGCUGCUUAUGAGGCUUUACUACCUAUUUAA